CCUCAAUGAUUUUUUCGAUGAGCAGCUUGUUGCAAAGAGGCGGUGUGACGUAGACGCUUGGCGCAUAUAGAUGCCAAAGCAUUCAUGAGAUUCAUUACCAAUACCUUGUUGCAGUCCUGCAGUUUUUUUCAUCCAAAUUCGAAAGUACUCGAACAAAGUUUAAUUGUAGCAAUGAAUUAGUCUUCUACCUCUACGGAUAGUUUCCGUGCAAGUUCUAGUCAUUCAUGAAGUCUCAGUACUGUACAACAAAUUCAAAUUUUCAUUUUUGCAACACAACGACGUUUCCUCUCUCUCAUUUAAAAUUCGUAGUCGCGCCUAUGUGCAUGUCAUCGCUUUUCAGGCACUAUCUCUCUUGUGCCACGAAGAGAACAAAAUUCUUCGCGCGUCACUAAUUAGUCUUGCUCUACCGCUGCAAGAAAACUAACGCUUAUGUCUGUCAGCCUCAGCCCUAAGGAACAUACCGAAUUUUCGCUCACCUAAAAGUACCUGAGUGCAAAUAGUGUUUCCGUAACUUUCCAUCUUUAAACACCUUUUCGUACGGAUACUCCUGGUCCUGAACCCUCAGCUAAAGCACUUAGACGACGACGAGACGAACAGUCGAAUUCCUGCAAAGAGCAGUCCUAAGUAGAAGCGUUUCUCCGUCGAGACUCUCACGACUCUGCCCGGCGCACACUUUUUUUUGACACUUGCCUGAGUCGAAAGACUGAUUUCACAAUCAGCACCUGCUCGACGGUGUUGUCGUUGUGUUGUGUACUGCUGCGAGAAGUCAAGAAGGUGAAGGGAAAUACAAAACCGCGUCGGACUACAUCUGCGAAUUCACCAGGUUUUCAACGAAACACGUUAAGAACAGUCAAGUAAUAGAAGUGCACAGCUGGUGCCCGAGGAAAAGAGAAAACACGAGCGACACGCCCCCGAACUACAAAACAAUCCAGCCUACACAACCGACUUCGAAGCCCAGCUGCUCGUCCGCGACGCUCCCAUACUUUUUGAUCGUUUUCUUCUCCUAUAAUCGCCAGCGACAGCAGGAGCACAUUUGCGAGAAUGGCAGCUUCCAGUACAACUACCACGCUCCCCCCGGGGGCAGGACGACCAGGAGGUGCUGUAUCCGUGGCCCGACCUGCGGUCGCUGCGUCAUCCUCGUCCUCCUCGUCGCGCCUGGGGGCCAAUAAGAUACCUGCAGUACUGCAGCAGCCGGGGCGUGCCACGCAGCACAACAUGCUGAUGGCAGCGCGGGCAGCCAAUGUGUCAAAAAACUCUUCGUCUUCCAACAGCGGCCCCGGGCUGGAAAAGCUCACGAUCGCGGACCUGCAAGGAAUGUGGCUGCACAGCAACCAGAAGCUGGGGUUGGUCACAGUCACCGGAAACACGGCGAAAUUGGCUACGUGUAUUAUACUGCUGGGUUUUGUGACUUUUGAAGAAAAUUUUGUUGAAGGCGUAAAGACUUCUAACACGACCUUUCGGAUACUGUUUUCUCGAUUUACGCAAGAAAGCAAUAAAACUUCGAACGGCAUUUACAAAUUGUCAUUGUCUUUAUUCGAUCUAGUAAAUGAUCGGUGGAUAUCAACCUCCAAAUGUUGAUGGUCCACGUUGGAUCACGUGUUUUCAUUUUGACGCACUGUGCGUGUUCUUUGUUGUGGGAGAAGGAGUCAAACCACACACCAACUCAGUGCCCCAACUGCACGUGCUCACCGAAGUUGGCGAUACUGUGGAAAUGCAUCCGGGUUGGCGCGCGGACCUCAAAGCCAGCAGCAACAGCGAGAUUACCUGGCGGUCGACCAAACCCGGGAAUUCGAUCUUUUGUACGUGGCAGUGGGAGGGCGCUGAUGAGAAUGAUGUGCUAUGCCCUGCAAAAAUAGCAUGUCGGUUGUCCUCCUCAUCGGGCUGCCGGAAGUUUCAUCUGCAUAGUCAAUACAGAGUCAGUCUACUGUGGGCGGUGAUUCUUAAAGGUCACUUUUACGCUUUCUGAAGCAGCUGGCAUUCGAAUUUUUCAGCAUGUGGAGGACAUUUUUUUUUUGCAGUGGAUACUUUGUCAGCGCCAGUGACCUGUUGAAGAAUGCUUCCAAGGAAAUAACGGUAAACGGGCGAGUUUUGCCAGGCCUGAAGAUGAACCCGCAGCAGACAGUCGGCUUUAUCAACAAUCAAACCGGCGCGGCGCGCCUUGCGGCACAGAAACGGCUGCAAGCCGCUGCGGAAAAGGUGGCGGCCGGCGCAGCGGCAAGCAGCAACGCUACGGGUGGACCGAAGCCGAAUCCGCUAGCUAUCCACCCACAAAGAUGUUGCCCGAGUCUGAGUCGAACCGGUGAAGAGAGAAGAAAUGAUCCGUGAUUGAUUGUUCUCGGAGUUUUUUUUUCAUGCAUCAAAAUAUUUUGAAAAGUUCCGUACCGGUCUUUCACCGGCUUGACUCUGACUCAGACGGGUUUUGCGCGGAUAAACCCCUUAACCAUGGCACUAGACCAUUUAUUGCCCGCAAAACGAGUGCGCAGACCCGUCGCAGAGGCGCAGGAGGCUUUCGACUUUGUAUCAAAUGAAUAAGACCUUUGGUUUCACAUCGACAUUUCAGUGUACUUACGCCGAAGAGGUAGAAGUGAAUCACCUAGCAAAAUUCCGUGCAGCGGGAAAAAUCUUUGCCUGUUGACAUCAUCGGUGCAGGAGUUCCAGUUGCCAGUAAUAAUGUCAAUCGAAAAGUCUUGACGAUCGUGCGUCACGUUUCAUUUUUUUAUCUGUAAGGUUAUCCGGAAUCCCACCGUGGCGGGGGGCGCAGGCAGCGAUGUCGGAGGGAAGAAGCGACGGAAAAAAAUGAACGGUGGGGACAGAGAUGCGGAAGAGAGUCAGACCAGCCGCAGCGACGAGCGCGAUUCGAAUUUGACUCUCGAGGCCGUUAGGGAGUGGAAAACGUGGGUACUAUGUGAUUUUGUACGAAUGAAAAUGAAUUGCCGCUCAGCGUCUAAAAAGGAGAUGAUGUUGAUCACGAUGAAAAUCAGAUCGUGUAGUUUUACACAUCAGAUGAUUUUUUGCAUGUUGUAACUGCACGAAAAUCUACUUUAGAUGUUCUCCACCAACACACUGGAGUGGGACGCGUGGUACACAGGGGGGUCGAAGAGUUUUGAAAAAAAGCUAUCCGUGAAGCUCCGGGUGCUGGCGCAGAAGGAAGAAUUGAUAAGGCUGAUGCAGCAGAAGUUCGGCGUUCGCAAGGAAUCCAUCACCUUCGACGAACUCGGUGCCCCAAGCAUCGCCACCGGGAAAAAGAUGCGGGAAAACUUUGCGAAAAAGUUCUCCGCACAGUGGAGCACGAAGUUAACCACAGCAACCGGUGGCUGCUUGGCGCCGACCCGGAUGGACUCUGGUAUUGUAGUGUUGGACGUGCUCCUCCGACCGUGUUGUUCGCAAUGAGAUCUUCAUGGAAGAUACUGCUGCAUACAAUUGGAUUUGCAUUUCUGUCAUGCAGAAUGGAAUCGUUGAGCGGCCGUCGGUAGCUUUACCGGUUUUUUUGAUGUAGUUUUGCGAAUAAAAACACAGACCUGAAGUCUCCGAGCAACCACUCUACGUCCCGCGGAGCUCCUGUGCCUGCCCGGAAAAAUAACCCUAGCCAGCACUCCAAUGGUUCUAGCCAGGCGAGUACUGGCAAUGUGAAAUCCUCUUCUACGGCCGGCUCUCGGUUCGUGGACCCGCGGCAGUAUGAUCCGAACUUGCAGGCCACGGACAACAAAACUGCAUUAGAGGAAACCCAGAAAAUGCUGCAGGACGCUAUCGAUAACCAGGAUGCUACGAUUGUGAAGGAGAAGGACGCUCUCGCGAAGAUCGACCUGUUACGGAAAACGAUGACUGUGCCCUUGAUGCAAAGCUCCAAGAUCGGCAAAACCCUGUCAGAGUACGCGAAGUUGUCCAAUGUCAGCGAGGCGGUCCGAAACCAAAUAAUGUUCACCGUCUCGGAGUGGCGAGACACAUUCAGAAACCAAAAAUAAAGUAUAGUUGGCGCAGGUCGAACUGACCGAAAGAACGCGAUAACUGUUGUAAAAAGUAAGUAUUAAGUUGCGCUGCACAGGUCGUGGAAAAAAUAUCGCGGAGAAAUCAAUUUGCUUGCUUCGCCAGUUGCAGACAGAAUUUUGCGUUGCAAAUUUCUUGGUAAGUAGAGUGUGGCUUUCGAAGCUCAACAAAUUUUGCUGUGUAGUUGUGAUCAAGUAGAACAGCAGUUGAUCGGUGCAAAAACAAGUACAAAUGCGAAGCGAGACUUGUCAUCUCUCGGAGGUGCAGGUCGUACGGAAGAUUUUGGUCUGUGGAAGAAUGUGCUGCGGCGCAGUGUUGCGCUACAUUCGCACACAGUUGACAAAUAUCUUGCCUCACUUGCGGCAAGCAAGGGGUCUUAGACUUUUUCAAUGGCAAAAAUGGUCUUUUCUUGUUUUGGACGGCAAAUAUAUUCACGCGAAUUUUUGUCCAUUUCAAUUCGAGGCCGUUCAGUGAAGGGACAAUCAAAUUCUGGGGUGCUCUGACGGCUUCCCAGUAGAAGCAAGCGACAAUUUUUCUUGAGAACAUAAUGGCCACCAAUGAAAAGGAAAUACACGACAGUGAAAAAAAGGAGUUCAACUUGAACUUUUUGGCGACGCCUCUGAUAGUAUCGACCUCGGGAUCAUGUUGAGACCGAGCAGAAACCCCAUAAUAUUAUGAAUACACGCCGGUCCUCUCAGUCGACCAACAGCUUGCUGUUUGCUCAUGCACCCCAGGACUGAGAAAAGUUAAAGUUUAUAAAAGUACUUUGGGACGACUAAAAUGGACAAAACGACAAGCGACAUUUGGCACGGCUUUUCCCGUGUAGAGCAACAU